AUGACCUCCUUAACUGUCUCAUACCUCGAUCAACCGCAAAGUGCCCGGCCAGCAGAUCAUCAAGCCCAGCUAACAUUAAGUCACCUGCCCCAUGAACGGCAGGACGCAUCUGGGGACCAUAUUCACCAAGCUGACAUCCUGCUCCAAGAAGUUGCGGCAAGUCGUUACUUUAGUGAUGAUGUUUUAUCAAGAGUCGUCAAUGAAGAGCGAAAUCAUUCGCGCACUGCAUUGACAGUAUCGCCUGUCAAGACAAGCCCUCUGUCUAUGAAGAGCUCUUCGCCCUUCAACCCUCUAGGCGUACUGUCCGUGCCCGGCAUGCUUCAUCCCCCAUAUGGUCUUCAUCCGGCCAAGAGUGUAGCAGCUUUCCUAUGGAGACAAUAUGUCGAAGUUGUGGAGGAAUGUGCAAGCUGCAAGAUACUUCAUGUUCCCGCGGAUGAGAUCAUCGUGUUCAGCACCAUCGAAGAUCCUUCUUCGGCUUCAGCCGAGAACCUUGCACUAUGCUUCGCUAUAUACUUCGCUUCGUGCGCUUCUCUAGAAACUUGA